UAGCAUUACUAUUUAUCUCUUAUGUGAAUCCUUUGGUAUAGUCAUCUUGUUCUUAAAAUGUAUUCAAUAGUUGUGUCUUAUAAAGAAAGAUUUUCAAAACUCUUAGCUUCGGAUUUAAUAAUUAGUUGUAUACCUAAAAACGUUGGCAAGAAUUUUAACCCGGUCGAGAAAUUCGCGACAUUGUUGAAUUGGUGACAGAAAAGCUGAUGCAAUCGUUUAAAAUGACGUGCCCUUGAAGAUUUAUGAGAACAGUUUGGUUAUUAUCGAAAAAUAUGGUAUUUAUUAGCGUUAUUGUUGCUUGAAACAACUUGGAAAUUAUUUAAUUCUCCUUAGUGAGAAUACAUCACAUGUUAAAAGUAAAUGAUAUACUAACCGCUCAUGUUCCUUGUGGUUUUAGUACGGUUGAGGAUGUUAACUCUCAUUAUAAAUCUUCGAUUCUGGGUAUUCCCGUAAAAUAUCUCUAUAAUACGAGUAAUCUAAAAUCUAACGUGUCAGGUGUAAAUUUCUGUAAAAAUUUUAAUAAAAAUUAUUGUACUGAUAUAACUUUCAACUUCUUCUGUUCAACAAUUUGCAAACUUAUAAGUCUAUCAACUUCUCAUAAAUUAAAUUACGUUAACAACUCUCUAAAAACGUAUUCGUGGGACACUACUAGGAAUGCAGACUUACCUGUGCUAAGUAGCAUUAUUGUAAAAAUGAAAUCUCCGUUAAUAAAGCCAGCCGCCCAAGAUCUACUUGUGCAGCUUAUAGAAGGCUUAAAAUCUCCGUUCCACAAGGAAAUGAAUAAUGAUAUAAACAACCCGCCGAGUGAAAUUUCCAUUACGGAUGACGAAAUGGCACCACCAGAGAGAGAUUUUAUUAGUAGUGGAAGUAGUAAUGAGCAUAAUAUACAUCUCAGUCAUGGCUGUUUGCCAUGGAAACAACGACAGCGAACUGUGUCGGAACAUAGUGAUGAUAUAUGUUUUUUAGAGGAAGAUGGAAGCAACAAUCAAAAUUACGAUUUCUAUUAUGAUGAUGGUGAUGAAAGUGAAGAUGAAAAUUCCGACGAAGACAUAAAAGGAUCUUUUGAAAAAAAUGAAAAUAAAUUAAAUGGGAGCCUUGAAAGCAUAACAAGUGAUAAUAGUUCAUGUUAUAUACGAAACGUUGCCAGCCCUAUUCAUAAAGUUAAAAAGGUUCGUUUUAACUUAAAUCCAGUAGUUCACACGAUGUACGCUUGGAGCUUCGCUUACAAAUCCGCAAGAAAGGGACAAUGGGAAAAUUUUGCUCGAGAUAGAGAUCGCUUUCGAAGACGCAUUGAAAAUACAUCUAAAUAUUUAAAUCCUAUUUUGACUCCAGAACAUCGUAGUUUUAUCUAUAAUAGUAGGUUUGGCGAAAAAGAUAGCGAUAAGUUUAAGUAAAAUGUAUAUUUAUAAUAUUGUAGUAUUCCUAACUAAAAAUAAAGAAAACUAGAAGUAGUAUCAAAUUGAAAAAGAAAGAAGGCUGAUUUCCGAGGAUAUAUGAAUAUGUUUUACAAAUAUAAAAUUAUUUUUAAUAGCAACGACUUAAUAGUUAUACGGUUGACAGCGAAUUGCAUAAAGAGUGGGUAAUUCAUUUUUAAAUAUUACGCAAAUUACGACCAAAUCAUGACCUCCCCUUAUUUUUAUCUGAAGUUUAUCCAAAUCAAUUAAAAAAUUCAAACAAAGAUUUAAGAAAAGAAACAGCACUGAAUUUCAUUAGAAGCAAAACAUUUUUAGUAGAAUGUAAAUUUAAAAAAAAAUGGAGGUUUUGAAAUAAAGUAUAUAGUAAGUAAGUAUAAGUAUAAAAUAUUAAAAUUUAGAAAAAUUAUACGAACUACCAUUACCAUUGCAAUAAACUUCCAUUUUCUCACCAUCCAACUAAACAGAACUGUCAAGAGAGCGGUAUAAUUUACGAUAGUAAUUCAGAAAACGAAUAAAGUAAUCCACGUAGAGAGCCGUAUCAAUUGCGUAAAAUUUGAGUCUUUAAUUUCUGUGCAGAAUAGUAACAAAUCGCAAUCUUAUAAUAUAAAACUUGCAUUACAUUAACCUUUAAAAACAUACAUAUUAUGGAUAAAAUUAUUUGUAUCUGUCUUUUGAAUGAAAUAAUAUUUGCUAUAUGCAUAACUAAAUUCAAUUCUUCUGAAACUAAACUAGUAAAAUAUAUUUAAACUAAAAUAAGCGUGAUUGCAAUAACAUUACAGCUCUCUGUAAAUAAAAGUCAAUUUAAGUCUAAAAUAUGUUUAAUAAUAUGUCUUAUUGAGUUAAUUGAUUCAAUUUGUAACACAUUGUUUCUUUGAGGAUGAAAUUAUGUUAUCUUAAAACUUGGUUUUAUUAUAAAUAUUUAAUGUAUUGA